GCGGCAGCGCUGCAUAUUGCAGAAUAUUCAAUGUCAAAUGUCAAUACUGUUAAUGGAAAAAGGUCCAACGUGACAGACCAUGAAAUAAACAAUAGCAAAGAGUAAUAAUUAAUAAUUUUCAUAAGGUAUCAAAAUGGUGUUAGCAGAUUUGGGUCGUAAAAUAACGACUGCUUUGCAGUCCCUCAGCAAGGCGACAAUUAUCAACGAGGAGGUCCUGAAUGGAAUGCUCAAAGAUAUAUGUCUAGCUCUCAUAGAAGCCGAUGUAAAUAUUAGAUUAGUCAAAUCUCUCCGAGAAAAUGUAAAGUCUGUUAUUGAUUUUGAGGAAAUGGCUGGAGGCCUAAAUAAACGACGUAUGAUACAAAGCGCAGUAUUCAAGGAACUUGUCAAACUUGUAGAUCCCAAUGUAAAACCGUAUCAGCCAGUCAAGGGAAAACCCAAUGUUAUUAUGUUUGUUGGUUUACAAGGGUCUGGAAAAACAACAACCUGUACAAAAUUAGCAUAUCAUUAUCAGAAAAAGAACUGGAAAUCUUGUCUUGUCUGUGCGGAUACUUUCCGAGCAGGAGCGUAUGACCAAGUUAAGCAGAAUUGCACCAAGGCUAGAAUACCAUUUUAUGGAAGUUACACAGAAGUUGACCCUGUUGUUAUUGCUCAAGAUGGUGUAGACAUGUUUAAAAAAGAAGGUUUUGAAAUUAUAAUUGUUGAUACAAGUGGUCGACACAAACAAGAAGAAUCAUUAUUUGAAGAAAUGUUAGCAGUUUCUAACGCUGUGAAACCUGACAAUAUCAUUUUCGUCAUGGAUGCCACUAUUGGUCAAGCUUGCGAAUCUCAAGCUAAAGCUUUCAAACAAAAAGUUGAUGUUGGUUCAGUAAUAAUCACAAAAUUAGAUGGACACGCCAAAGGUGGAGGAGCCCUCAGUGCGGUUGCAGCUACAAAUAGUCCUAUCAUAUUUAUUGGUACUGGAGAACACAUUGAUGAUCUAGAACCUUUCAAGACGAAACCAUUCAUCAGUAAAUUGUUAGGAAUGGGAGAUAUUGAAGGUCUCAUCGAUAAGGUGAAUGAGCUGAAAUUGGAAGAUAAUGAGGAAUUAUUGGAAAAAAUUAAACAUGGACAGUUCACUUUGAGAGAUAUGUACGAACAAUUUCAAAAUAUUAUGAAAAUGGGCCCAUUCUCCCAAAUAAUGGGCAUGAUUCCAGGAUUCAGUCAAGAUUUUAUGUCAAAAGGCAGUGAACAGGAAUCAAUGAACAGAUUAAAGAGGUUGAUGACAAUUAUGGAUAGUAUGAAUGAUGGAGAAUUGGAUAACAGAGAUGGUGCUAAGUUAUUCACUAAACAGAACGGUAGGGUCACAAGAGUUGCACAAGGAUCAGGAGUAACAGAAAGGGAAGUAAAAGAACUGAUCGCUCAAUACACGAAGUUUGCUGCUGUGGUGAAGAAAAUGGGUGGUAUUAAAGGACUCUUCAAAGGAGGUGAUAUGGCUAAAAACGUCAAUCACAACCAAAUGGCCAAACUUAAUCAACAGAUGGCCAAGAUGAUGGAUCCCAGAGUAUUACAUCAAAUGGGAGGUAUGUCAGGAUUACAAAACAUGAUGAGACAGCUGCAAGCUGGUGCCGCCGGCGGUAUGGGUGGCUUAGGAAAUCUAAUGAGUGGUUUUGGUGGUAAAUAGCAGUUUUAUUCAAUUUUUGUUAUUCCAUCUAUGAUUUUAUUAUUUUCUUAAUAUAUUUUGUGCAAAUAU